UCUGAUGUUAUAAGACAUUAAUCAACAUUGCUUCUUUAAAUAUUUCAAUCACCCAUAGUUGCACACACAUCCGUGCAUACACAACUUGUAUGGAGAGCAUGUGUUCAAGGGGCAGUUGGAAGGUAAGGAGGGGGCUUCCUGUCAUUUGAAUUACCCUCUACAUGUGGGGUCAAUAUGUGCAAUGCUGAAGUGUGUGUGUGUUUGUGGGUGUGUGUGUAAGGGGUUGAGGAGGGGGCGGCUGUGGGAGCUACACCCCUCCCCAAUACCCCCUCCUUUAAAAAGGCUGUAUAAAGGAGGUGGGGGGAGAAGCACCUUUGUCACUUUGCUCUCAGACAUAGAGACAAUCACACUCACUAGACACACAAACACUUUGGACAUAGAAAUUCCUCAGGGACAUACUUAUUGUCCUGACAGAAGAGAUCCUUCGGGGUACUGGACCGUCCCGUGGUGGGCCUUCUGGACUGAAACAGAGCAGGAGAUAGAUUACCACAUUGAGCAUCAUCAGUGCAGCUCAAAGCCAGAAGGGCUCUCCAGACUUUUGGAAAAUUAACAGUAACUAACCUCUUCAGAAACUAACUGCUGCACAGCCAUGAGGGUUUUCAACCUGCUCUACCUGCUCCUGCUGCUCGUAGCCAUUGUAGCAUCAGUCUCCUCCGCACCAGUCUCCUCCGGCAGACCAGGUAAGCAUCCCAAAACUUUUCACAUCCAGAUGUCACGAUUGGUUGGGCAGGUGUCCGUUAGGAUCGUUAAUAGUCACUUAAAACCAAGUUUCUAUGGUUUAAACACAGCCCGGCACUUCAACAGAGUUCUAAAUCACAGAGGAGAGGAUGAAGAGGAAGGGACGGGAGCGGAGCGCCGCCGGGGAUCGCACAGCGACCCCAAUUUCCUAAGGAGAAAAUACCACAGACACCACUACUGCCCCCACAGACGAUGCAUGCCUCUCCACUCCAGAGUACCCUUCCCCUAAGGUUGAAGAAUGAGGGUGACCUAAGGAGAGAAAUGUGAAUAUGAAGCAACUGCAGUGUGUGGCCCAAACACCAUGGAUGGGUCUCAGUACAAAGACUGAGACUGUGAAGUGGAGGAGACACCAUGCCAAUGCCCUCCAAAAGACAGAAAGAAACAACAAAAUAUAAACCAAGCAUUGUUUUGGCAUCCUGGUGGCCACAGAUCUUGGUCUUUCCAGUUGCAAGCGUCUUCCCUCUUCAUCAUCAAAAGCAAACGCUUUUGUACUGAACAAGAACAAGGGAAAAGGAGCUACAACAUCAAGUAUAUUCAACGCUUGACUUAAAAGCUACGGACCAAAGAGCUGGAAACACCUUAGUGACUGCAGCUACGAUGAACAGCAUCCACAGUAUUCCUACAAAGUGUUUAUUAUGCAUGUAUGCACUUGAAAUGUUUAUUGACUUACAUUUUAAACUUUUUAAUAAAAAUAUAUUGAUGUAG